UCUGCGCUGCAGUCAGUCAGUCUCUCACCGGAGAAACCGAAGCGCUGGAUUCAACUGUUUCCCCCGGUUGUCUGAGGCACUCGGUUCCUGCAGACUGCAGGGAUGGGUGGUGAUCUGGAUGGCUGACGGACAGGAAGGAGGACCAAUCACAUGAGAAGAUGCUGGCUCGUAACCGCUUCCUGCUGCUGGUGAUGGUGGGGGGGGGCCGCGCUGGCCAUCAUCAGUCUGAGCCUCCAGUUCUUGAACCUGAUCCCCACCACUCCCCUGCUGGAGGAGCGCCUCCUCCAGGCUGCAAAUGGAGGCGUUGGGGGGGCCGUGGGGAAGAGCAGGAAGAGAGUGUUCCCGGCGCCUCACACCCUGGAGCCGAACCCCAUCGCUGAGGCUUACAGCUACUGCAACACCCCCAACCGCACCGAACAGGCCUGGGAGGGUCACAGUCCCGCCGACUACAAGCUGCUGUCGGUCCAGGUGAUGAUUCGCCAUGGUGACCGUUACCCUCUCUACUACAUCCCCAAAACCAAACGUCCCGCCAUCGACUGCACCCUGUCCACCAGCAGGAAGCCGUCCCACCCCCUGCUGAACUCCUUCAUCCGUCACAUGGGUCAGGGGGCCCAGGGCCACUGGGAGUCUCCGCUGGGCUCCGUCCCCCGCCUGCCCAACCACAGCGCCUGUGAGAUGGGAGAACUCACGCAGACAGGUGUGGUUCAGCACCUGCGCAACGGGCAGCUCCUCCACAAAGCCUACAGGCGGCACAGCUUCCCCCCCGCAGACUGGACGCCCCGCCAGGUGUGGCUGGAGACCACCGGUAAAAGCCGCACCCUGCAGAGCGGACUAGCCUUCCUCUACGGCCUGCUGCCGGACUUCGAUUGGACGAAACUGACCGUCCGUCACCAGUGGAGCACGUUGUUCUGCGGCUCGGCGUGCGACUGCCCCGCCAGAAACAGACACCUGGAGGAGGAGCAGAGGAGACAGUACCGCCUCAGGGUGAGCGACACCCAGCUGGAGAGGACGUACGCUGACAUGGCUCGCACUUUAGGUCUUCUAACCCGACAGCUGAGGGCCGCAAACCCCAUCGACUCCCUGCUGUGCCACCUGUGCCACGGCAUCUCUUUCCCAUGUGUUCCUACGGGAGACGGCACAUACGGAUGCCUCACGAUGGCUCAGUUUGCCGUCAUUCGUCGGCAGCAGCUCGACGAUGAGGUGGAUCGGAGACGAGUGGGGCUGUAUCAUAAAUACGCCAUCUUGGCCAUGUACCCCUACCUCAAUCGGACUGCCACAAAGAUGGAGCGUGUCGCCAAGGACAACGAGGCGGGCAGAGCGCGGCGGGCAGGAGGCGAGGAGGUCUUCUCGUUGUCUUCAGCCCACGAUGUUACCGUGGCGCCGCUGCUCAGCGCUUUGGGGCUCGAGGAGGCACGAUUCCCACGUUUUGCUGCACGAUUAGUCUUUGAACUGUGGAAGAGUCCUCCCGCCACGCGAGGACAACAGAAGAAGAAAGCCGGGAAAGGUGACAAGUCGAAGGUGAAAGACGGAGAAGUGUUCAUCAGGGUGCUUUACAACGGCGAGGACGUGACAUAUCACACGUCUUUCUGUCGCUCACACGUCACAAACACCAACCAGCCGCUCUGCCCUCUGAAGAACUUCCUGUCUUUUGUCAGGAGAGACAUGUUCAGUGUGGUCAACGCCACGUCCUACCAUGAGGCGUGCUACAAGCGCCCUGUUUGAUGGAGAGGAGGGUGAAGAUUGUGUCACUUUUUUGCGUUUCGUUUUCCACUUUUGAAGAUGGUGCACUUUUAUGCUGCUCAUACAAUUCCUACAUCUUUUUAAAUGUAUAUUACGGUACAUUCCUGAGCACACGCACACACACACACAGUACUGUACAUCACGUCUUUGUAAGAUCGGUAUCUAACCUUUUUUGGUCUGUUUUCCUAAGCGUCUUCGUAAGAGUCAUUCAAGGGAAGUUGUAUGGCACUUAGCCACUUUAUUCCUAUAUUCCAUAUUACCAUGGAAUUCCAGUAUUUCCCAAAUGCUUGCAAUAAAAAGGAAUAUUGAAACGGGGAAAUAAUAUGCUGAAAUAAUGAUUCAUGAGUAAUAUUUUGAGUACAAUAAAUCUUUUCAAUGAAAAUUACACUUUGGGCUAGUUAUGGCCACAUUACUCAAUAUGACUCAUGUGUAUUAGCAUUCAUUUUAAUAUUUAUUCAUUGCAUUCUCUGUUUAAUGAUGAGGGUUAUUUCUAUACUUUGACACGUUGCUGUACUGUAGGUCUUUUCUUCUACUUGUUUUGGUAAGACUGACUGUGGUACUUUGAAACUGACAAGUGAUUUUUGUUUUCUUACAUUUAUUUACAACUGCAGAACUGAAUCUGCAUUCAUAUCAAUUGGUGAUUUAACAGAUACACUUUUUUUAUUUUGCUUGUUGUAAACUGAAUCAAAUAAAGGUUCAUUCUGCGCAGAAAUGUUCAAAUCAAUUGAUGAAAAGUGGUUUCCUGGAUCCUGGUGGUAUGUUGGUAUCAGAGGUGUGAAGUAUUAAAGGGGACCUAUCAUGCAAAAUG